AAGACCAGCUUGCAGCCCCUGUCCAACCCAGAGCAGGCCCUGACUAAGACCUUCCAGCUGCUCCGCUCUGAUGACUGGGAGAAGAAGAUCGAGGGCUUGACCUCUCUCCGUGCGUUGGCUCAGAACCACAUGGACAUGCUGAUGCCUAAACUCCAUGAUAUCUGCCUUGCUAUUAUAAAUGAGGUGAAGAACCUGCGCUCUGCAGUGUCCUCUGCUGCCAUGGCCACACUGGGUGACAUGUACGCCUACCUCCAGAGGGCCAUGGACAGUGAGGUGGAGGGGACGGCACGCGUGCUGCUGCACAAAGCCAGCGAGUCCAACACCUUCAUCCGGCAGGGCGCAAACUUUGCCCUGGGUCACAUGGUGCAGAGCUGCACCCCUACCCGUGUCAUGAAAGCCCUGCUGGUCGGUGGGCUGAGCCACCGUAACGCUGCGGUGAGGUGCUGCACUGCUCAGCACCUGGAGAGACUGGCUGAGGUCAUGGGGGCGGCUCGUCUCCUGUCAGGGAAGAAAGAACUCACUGACCGUUUCUUGAUUGCCGUCAGUAAACUGGCUGUGGACCCUGCACAGGAAGUCAGGCAUCAUGGUCGCAAUCAGGGGCGGUGUGUUCAAUAG